AUGAUGUACGUGCGUACUUUCAGCUUCGGUACGGGGCCGGCUGGUCUUCUUUCGCCCCUGCAUCUGGACAGCCAUCGCAGACACGGUGGUAACCCAGAAUUUGCACGGCAUGUCUACAUCAAAUAUACUUUAGCUGGUCGCCGUGUUUACUCUACAAAAGAUAGCAAUGAUCCUCUCAAUGCGGAAAUCGACGAUGACAUUUAUAUAGACACGAAGGAGUUGUGUAAAAGAAUAGCAUAUGAGCUGAAACAACAUUCCAUUCCUCAAGCCAUUUUUGCUGAACGAAUUUUGUGCAGAAGUCAGGGAACAUUAUCGGAUUUGCUGCGAAAUCCCAAACCUUGGAACAAGUUGAAGUCUGGUCGUGAAACAUUCCGUCGCAUGUUCAAUUGGGUACAACAGCCACUUGCAAUGCGGCUAGGAAUUUUGGAUAUGUGCAAACAAGGUUAG